UGAUAGAAAGUUGGAUAGGGUGCGUUCUUCUUCUUUUUCUUAUUAUUAAUAUGAAUGCAGGAGGUGUUGAUAUCCGUCCUUAUGUAGAGUCAGAUUUGAAGAGAGCUGCAGCUAAGGUGAUUGACAAGGCUAAGGAGCUCUGUGCUGCUAAUUCGGUGAGUGAUGCUAUAUUUGAAGUGGUGGAAGGAGAUGCAAGGAAUGUACUGUGUGAUGCUGUGGAAAAGUUUAAUGCUGAUGUGCUUGUUGUGGGCAGCCAUGGCUAUGGAGCAAUAAAAAGGGUGGUGUUGGGGAGUGUGAGUGACUACUGUGCUCACCAUGCAGACUGCACUGUGAUGAUAGUGAAGAAACCCAAGCACAAGCACUGAGCCGAAUAAAUUCCUGCUCUUGUAAUAUAAAGACUGUCAAAACUGAAGGACCUAUAUAUAACUAAGCUUUGUAUAAAAUGUCUGUGUGAAGUGAAUACAAUUUGAAUAUACUUUAUAUUAUAUUUCAUUAAUAACAAGCACUGUUUGUCUCUA